AGCCCGGAAGUCCCGCCUCUGGGAGGGGGCAAGCGGGCGAAGCGGCCAAUCAGAGGACGGGGCUGUGACCCAGACUCCGGAAGUGUCAGGGUGAAAGAGCAGAGGGCUGAGGUGCUUGGUGGGCGCAAGAUGGCGGAUAAAGAAAAGAAGAAGAAAGAGAGCAUUUUGGAUCUCUCAAAAUACAUUGACAAAACAAUUCGAGUAAAAUUCCAAGGUGGUAGGGAAGCUAGCGGAGUCUUGAAAGGAUUUGACCCUCUUCUAAACCUUGUGCUUGAUGGCACUAUUGAAUAUAUGAGAGAUCCAGAUGACCAAUACAAACUAACAGAGGAUACCCGUCAGCUGGGACUGGUGGUUUGCAGAGGAACAUCCGUGGUUCUUAUUUGUCCACAGGAUGGAAUGGAAGCUAUUCCAAACCCUUUCAUUCAGCAGCAGGAGGGCUAACAUUUUCUUGGGACUCACUGAAGCCUCAAGGCUGCAAAUCAUUGGAGAUAAUGAACAGUGUAUGAGAAACCUUCCCAUUUUGGGGAAUAGAUUGGUUUUUUUUUUUUAAAUGUUCAUUUUAUAAAGGGCAGAAGGACCUUGACCUUUUUACUUUGCCAUUUGCCACAGUGAUAGCAGGAACACUGAAUGACAACUGCAAAAUAAGAUCUAAUUUUGUUCAAUAAAGAAAAACUUCAUUACUGAUCUA